CUGUACCCUGAAGUGCUGCAUAAUCUUGUUAGUGGAGAAAGAAAGCCGAAUAAUUACCAUGAUUUUGCAGAUUGCUGGAGGUCUAAUCUCUGCAGCACCAUGGACUCAUCAGAAGAGACUGGAGGCUCCUCUGCGGAAGAGAACUACUUUGUGAACUACACCUUCACCGACCACUCCCACUCAGGCCGCGUGGCCCAGGGUAUUAUGAAAUUAUGCUUGGAGGAUGAGCUCUUUGCUGAUGUUACAGUAUCAGUGGAAGGCAAAGAAUUCCAGCUGCACCGUUUGGUCCUCUCGGCUCAGAGUUGCUUUUUUCGUUAUAUGUUCACUUCCAACCUAAAGGAGGCCCACAACCGGGUGAUUGAGCUGCAGGAUGUUAGCGAGAGUGUCUUUCAGCUCCUUGUGGACUAUAUUUACUACGGGACUGUAAAGCUGAGGGCAGAGGAGUUGCAGGAAACCUAUGAAGUGGCCGACAGGUACCAGCUGACUGCCCUUUUUGAAGAGUGCUCCCGUUUUCUGGCUCGUACAGUGCAGGCCAGGAACUGUCUGCAGGUCAUGUGCUUGGCAGAUCAGCACAGUGACAUGGAGCUCUACACAGCUGCCAAACACUGCGCAAAGUCCCAUUUGUCUCAGCUGCAAGACACCGAGGAGUUCCUACACCUGCCUCUCCGCCUACUGACAGACAUCCUUACAGAUGGCGUUCCAUGUUCUCAAAAUCCAGUGGUUGCCAUAGAAACCUGGAUCAACUUCAACAAGGAGGAGCGUGCGGGCUUUUCAGAGACACUGCAAUCGAGUCUGAAGGUGAUUGGAGAAAACGUUCACAUCUACCUGAUCAGAAAGGAGUCCUCACAUACACUCGCUGUCUCUCUGCAUUGUGCUGAUGACAACUCCAUAAUUGUGAGUGGCCAGAACAGCCUGUGUCACCAGAUCACUGCAGCCUGCAAGCACGGUAGCGACCUAUAUGUCACUGGCGGGUCCAUUCCACGACGCAUGUGGAAAUGCAACAAUGCGACUAUAGACUGGGAAUGGUGUGCCCCUCUGCCCCGUGACCGGCUCCAACACACCCUUGUCUCUGUGCCAAGCAAGGAUGCAAUAUAUUCACUGGGGGGUAAAACUCUACAGGACAUGCUCUCUAAUGCUGUCAUAUAUUACAGAGUACAAGACAAUGUCUGGACAGAGACCAGACAGUUGGAAGUGGCAGUCUCUGGAGCUGCAGGUGUAAACCUUAACGGUGUCAUUUACCUGCUGGGUGGGGAGGAAAAUGACUUGGACUUCUUCACCAAGCCCUCUCGGCUAAUUCAGUACUAUGAUACCAACAGAGAGAAAUGCCACAUGAAGCCAUACGUACUGCCUUUUGCAGGGCUCAUGCAUGCUGCUGCACACAAGGAUGUGGUGUUCAUUGUAGCCGAGGGGGAUUCACUGCUAUGCUAUAAUCCCCUACUGGAUAGCUUCACCCGGCUAUGCCUGCCAGAUGCCUGGAGCUCAGUACCAUCCCUCUGGAAAAUUGCCAGCUGUAAUGGCAGCAUCUAUGUCUUUCGCGACCGCUAUAAAAAGGGUGAUGCAAAUACUUUUAAACUUAACCCAGCCACCUCUGUUGUAACAGUCAUAAGUGGCAUCAAAGUGCUGCUCACUAACCUGCAGUUUGUCCUGGCCUGAGUGGGAAAAACAGGCCAAGCAAUGGCAAGGGCAGCAACGGUGUUUCACUGUGCAGCUCAGAGGCACCCACCACCCUCAGCACCAGUCCCAGUUACUACAAGCUCACAACAUCCAGUAAAGACCCCAUCCUCUAUACCCGUUCAAAGGAGGUACAGUCUUUCUGUCUCUGGGCCUGUUCUUUUACAUAGCACUAAUAAAGUUGAACUGCUGCAUCUUAGAUUUCAGAUGGACUAAAUGCUAUUACUUUGAUCCCUUCCUGAUAAGCUGUUUGUGUUUGAGGCCCAAACUGGAACAAAUGGCUUUUUUAGCCUGGAACCAAUCCACCAGUGACAAAUCCUAUAACACAUAGACAAUGUCCUCCUGGCCCAGAUGGCUAGUUUUAACUGCCUGGGAAACUGUGUUGCCUGUCGUGUCAGUCACAGUGUUAGUUGUGCACUGUCCUCCAGGGAUGCCCCCAUUUAAACAUUCUUGUGUCCCUGUUGCAGGAGGGACUGGCGGAAGUAUUUACAGCAGACAGAUUCCAAAGCUGACCCCAAGACCUUUAGUAGGUAGCAUUACUCAGCACUUCUCCUAGAGGAGCGGUAACAAACUGGAAACUUGCUUACUGCGCUGUCAUCACCUAACAUAAAGAGGGAGAUUGUUUUUAUGAGCACUGGCUUCCUUUACUGUACAGGAAAUCCCCACCUAUAUUCAUAACAUAGUGUCGGUGAAAGAUGGAAUUAAGACCACUUCCUCCUACCCCUCCCUGUUGGCACUGUAACCCUUUGGGUAAGAAUCUGAACAAAGUCUCUGCUGAGACAAA